AUAGUUUGGUCAUUUAUUCCAAUACAUUUUAGAAUCCCCCAAAAAUAUGGUUAUGAAUCUAGCUACGUUUUAUAGGCUCCUCACUACGAGAAUAAGCCAAUUUGACAACGCUAAAAUCAAAAUCAAUAUAUUUUUUAUUUUUUGCAAGCAAGCUUCAUACUUUUUCCUGACAAGCCGAAAAUGCUGUUGAUUAAAUUUGACACUUCGCGGCCACCAGAGUUUGCUUCCGGGUGAAAUGCAGAAAAGCCCGCGUACUUCCAUGUCUGCAGAGCAAGUACUUUCGUAAAAAAAUUAUAAUACCGUAUUUAGCUAUAAAGAUAUCUUCGUUAACUAUUUCGCAAUGACAUGCAGAAGAGGGGCUCUCAUUGUGCUCGAAGGAGUGGACAAGGCAGGGAAAACGACACAGUGUAACAAGCUAGUCCAAACACUGCAGGAUAGUGGACGGCCAGCUGAGAUGAUGAGAUUUCCGGGUAAAUUGACUUAAUUAUCCGUGGCUGCUAACUUAUCAAAAUGAAACGUAUUUUUCUCAUAAUUGUGUGGAGGUUUGAAGCGGCUUUGAUUCAUAAUUUAACUAGACCCAAAUCGCUCAGAUUAUACAAAUUCGUUUUGUCUUGUCUGGUUCACCCGGAGCACCUGGCGAUGCAAAACGAAAUCGCCUUUUGAGAUACAACACAACAUUUCUAAUAACAUUUACAUUGAAAUGACUAAAUGCUCUUCCCAUAUUAUUAUUGUUUGUACAGAAAGAACUACAAAGAUCGGCCAGCUGAUAAACUCCUAUCUUGAGAACAAAAGCAACCUGGAGGACCAUACAGUGCAUCUGCUGUUCUCUGCCAACCGAUGGGAACUGGUGUAAAUACACACACACACACAGUCUUGUAUUUGUGACCAAUUUAGGACUCCUCACAAAUACAUACCUUUCGAGGACCAUGCUUUCCAGACAUCAUAGGAGCACAGAAAUAACACUCAUGAGUUUGAGAAAAAAAUCUAUAAUGAGGAAAUCACUUAAAGUGACUUACUCCUUGAAAAAAGUACACUUGAAAUUUUACCAACUACUUGAGACCGUACAUUGCAAUGUAUUGCCAUCAGCCAUCAAGUGAAUGCCUCCUAUGAAAUCUAUGAAAGUUAUCCAACUGCUUGCGUUGCGGCUAUUGGAAGGUUACAAUAAUUAACAAGUUUAAAUUCUCAAUAUUUGAUGCACGUGUUCAUUCUAUUUUAUGACUGAAAAUAUUGAUGAAAAAAAGUCGCUUUUGGUUUGUUUCUAGUGUAGCAGGUAGAACGCCACAAAGAUGCGACACAGAUGGCAACGCAACGGCUCUACUAUAGUUUUUCUGUAAAGUAUUUAAACUGGAACAACCAUUUCAGUAAUGGAUUCAGUAUAUCCAAGUAACAGAUGAAUAGUUUAGGAAAAUGUUUUUUAUUUUUGUGUAACAUUCAAAGGCAUCAGCAGGCUUCAAACCUUAAAAAAACCUUGAAGUAUUCAGGAGAACCUUAGUCACUCCAAAAGUGAACCUCCCACCGUCAAAGGAAGCCAGCGGCCGCCGCGGGCCCCUUCCUCUCGUACCCUCACCACCAGCUCCCACCACCCCCCUCCCCAUCUGUCGCUCCACCCCCCUCCCCAUCUGUCCCUCCACCCCCCUCCCCAUCUGUCCCUCCCCGAGCCGCGACACGGGAUUUGCCACGUCAACUCACCCUCGCAGGAUCUCCAUCUGCACAGCCAACCAACAAGGUAACACAUACUGGUGUCUACCACGACAACAGCCAAUAACGCUCUCUGUUUUCUUCGCAAACGGCCCAAUGGCAAAGUCUGUCUCCUUCUGCCUGUCUCCUACCAGUCAGAAGACUUCUCGGUCCUUUGCAUAUAGAUUUUAGCACUACAUAGAUGCUUCACAAAUAUAACUAAUCAGAAUGUGUUAUAACUGUUACAUAACCAAUUUAUUGUUCCCCCAUUUAUCAAUAUUUUAUAGAGAAUAAAACCCAGUUAGAUGAUUUGUGACCCAUUUUUAUAUAUGAAACAUUCAUAAGAACUUCAAAUAAAGCAGAACCGAGUUCUCUCAGGAACCUUAAGAACUAAGGAAUAACCAUUUAAGAACCAUUCUUUCUCCAAUGUAAUACAAGCUAAGAAACCCAAGAUCACAAAGAAAACAAGUGACAUUCAGUUGCUAGCGUGGAACUCCGUAUUAUUGGCAUAUUCAACAGCGUUUAAAAAAUAUAUUACCUUCAACGGUGUUAUCUUGUGAUCAAGCCAUCAAUGUUAUGUGAUUAUUGGUGUCGUAAAAAUGUUAGCUAACGGGUUAGCAAUUAGCAAGUUUGACAUUUCAGGGGAAAUACUACUAUUAUCAGCUUUUUGAUAAGCGGUUUAGCAAAAAAAUAAGUCCCGUAUUAUCGGCAUAUCCCAGUUAUUGGCCACCUUACUAUUUUGUUCAAUUACAAGAUAUAUCCGUUUAAUUUUGUUCAAAAAAGAGACACCAACCACGUACCCGAAGUGUUUACUCGAUAGUUGGCUAGCCUUCCGGUAAAAAAUAAUGACUUGCCUGUCAACUUUUUAUUGCGUAGCCCGGUGCGCCCUCAUGUGGACUCUUUAAAAAAAUGGUUCUUCACCCACAUAUUCAGUGUUGUAACCAAAUAAUGUCUCAUUUGUUUUACAGAUGAAUCUUAUGUUUUGAGAAAGUAGAUAAGUUGAAUAAUAAAAUAUGAGUAUUAAUAAUUUACGUCAAAUAAAACUUUAAUUUCAGAAAUGUGCAUUGGCAUAAACAAUGAAAACACUGGAGUUUGUGUUGCAGAGAUGCACUUGGAAAGUAAAGGAAGAAAUACACAAGAUGGGUUCAAUAAAUAUAUUUGAUAUUUUAGGCAUUUUUUUUUUUUUGUACAAAUAAAUAAUUUCAUAUGAACACAAACAAAACAAACAAUUAAAUCUCGACCUCCAUCCUUAUAUUGUCACAAAAAUCCCAAUAAUAUUCCAGCUCCACCGCUACCUCUUGAUCCCACUGCACACACCUGCAGUGGAACCAGUGCUGACAGAAGUCACAGCACACCCACGGCACCUCGGAUCUACACUCCUGAGAGGAGCUUGCAGGCGGAUCACGCUCCCUGCAGCGAGCACAGCAGGUGGUGUCUUCUUUUUAUAAAAAAUAAAAUAAUAAUAAAAAUGGAUUAAUAUGGUUUUGCAAAAUGUAGAAGUUCUUCAACAACAAUAGUAAUUGAUACAACUGAGAGAGAGAGAGAAACAGAUUAUGAAGUACCGGAGAGUGGUGCCAUGGGUGGCGUGACAGAUGUGACCGGUGGAGCUUUUCUCUUCCUUUUCUGUGCUGCAGUUUGAGAAAAAGUAGUGUUAGACUGAGCAUGUUUCAUCAAAACCCUUUUUCAACUUUUUUACAUCAAUACCUCUGGAGGAAGCUGCAGAGGUUUUGGAGGAGGUGGAGAUGACUUGAGGGCUGGUUCUAUGGACUGUAGAUAUGUAAAGAGUUAUUUUAUUUUUUUACAUUGCUGUUUUAUAAAACAGAUAAGUCAUUUGUUCGUUAUUUAACAUGUGUUUACCUGUGGAGGUGGCUGUAUUCAAAUUGCAGGGGGCAGGGACACCAGAUGAGGUUGCUAUGGUGGUGUGACCAGGGGAGACGGAGGAGGCAGUUGGUCCAGAGGAGGCCGUGUUGGUGGUGACAGACGGGGGGGGGGGGGGGGGGGGGUGGCGUGCAUCGUGGUGGCGGUGGACAAAACCGCUGACGAUGGCUUGGAGGAGCUGGUGUUUGUAAUGGUGGGGUUGAGGGGCCGACGAUGGUGUGGCCGGGAGAGUAGGCACGUAGCCUUCUUCUGCAGCUGGGGACUCCGGCGGCUCCUACAGGUGUUGCACACUGGGAGGCAGUGCUGAUGCAGCUGUGAGGAGUGGUUCCAGCAAGAGGCGAUGACGUCAAUGGUCUCAUCCAUGGCAGCCCUCUCCUGUGCCCUCUGUGUUCUGAGGGCUGCCCGACGCUCUUUCUCCUCUGCCUCGGCCCACUCCUUCUCACCCCUCUCCUGCCACUGGUGCGUGUAUUCCUCCCCGGUGAGGCAUGUGGCGACCACAGGGAGUCUUCUGUAUCGGUCCAGCCGAUACUUCAGGACAGUAAGGAUGUGCCCCAGGUCCUUCGCUAUCAGCCCCCCCCUCUAUUAGGGGGUGCUCUUCUAGAGCUAGGGAUAGGACUGGAGCAGGGGCUGAGGGUCCUCCUGUGGUCACUGGGGAGGAGGUGCUGAUGGACGGCACAGUGCUGCUGGUUCCAGGAGAGGGGACCGAGACGGCAUUAAACGGGACCCUUCAAUGGCUGAAGGGUCAAAAGGGAAGAGGCCACACUUCUUAAACCCUUCCACCACAUAGCGCCCAUAACAUGUCCUUGCAGCGCUGGUACGGGUAGCGGAAUACUCUGGCAAAUUCUUUAAAGUAAUGCCACGUCCAGCGGAUGCAGGACAUGGGUGCAGUGUGGUGGAAGACAAGGAAGUAUAACCCCUUCCCUUAGUGCCACCGCGAGCACUUCCGGGUCCAUGUGGCUCUUGUGCCCAUCGAAGAGGAGAACGAGAGAGCGCUCCUUCACUGCAUGCUUAAUGACGUGCUGAAACCACUUCCUGAACAGGUCCCCGUCAAUGUAGCCACGGUUUGACCGUCCAUACAAGGCUUGGGGGGAGGGGCCUCCCAGUGUGUAGUGGCCACCGGGGAAACACUUGGGGUAGAUGAUAAAUGGGGGACGGGGGGACGGGGACAUGGGGGGGGACGGGGACAUCCUCCCCAGCUGCGUUGAAGCAGGCCAGCAGUGUGAUGUGCUCCUUGGCCCCCAGACUCAUCGCAGUUAUAGAUUUGUCUGGCUUUCUCCCUCAACCCACUCUCCUCCAAGUGCUUCUCAUAAGAAGUGAAGACGGUGUCCAUCAUCGGACGUGUGGCACACUCAGCUCUCCUCCUGUCCAGGGUGUCCGGCCUCCUCACGCUCAGGUCUUGUGCCUCCUCCUGAACAUUUCCCACCACCUGGGAUUGUUUCCCCUGGGUGCCGAAACCUAGAAUAGAAUAUAUAAUUGUCCAUCCAGGAUGAAAAUGUUUGUUUUGGCAUCACCAUACACAUCCACAUUUACGUCACACACAUUGAGAACAGUCAGUCCAGCAAUCUACAUACAUAGAACACCAAAUACCUGCGUAUUUUGUUGGCGUAUUUCAUCAGCCUCUGUCUGGUAAAGGGGAACCCAUGGCUGGCCCAGUAGAUACAGUACUGCACCAGAGAAUUUUCAAGCAAUGUGGGUGGUCCACUGUAACAACCAUGGUUCACCCGGCCGCUCAGCCUGUCCGCCAGGGUCUGCCGAGGUACACCAUGCACCUUGGUAGAUAAGAAAAGAAAACUGUUACUAGCGGAUAAAAUUCACAUACAAUUUCAGUGAAACGUAAGUGAGAGAGGCCCCGCUCUCUCGCUUUCCCAGAUGUUUAGUUCAUUUCAUUCCGAUCUCCUCUGCAUUAUUGUAGCCUUUUUCUGUAGCCUGUCAACUAUGUGUCUGUCUAUCCCUGUUCUCUCCUCUCUGCACAGGCCAUACAAACGCUUCACACCGUGUGGCUGUUGCCACUCUAAUCUGGUGGUCCCUGCGCGCACGACCCACGUGGAGUUCCAGGUCUCCGGCAGCCUCUGGAACUGCCGUUCUGCGGCCAACAAGGCAGAGUUAAUCUCAGCCUAUGCUACCCUCCAGUCCCUCGACUUCUUGGCGCUGACGGAAACAUGGAUUACCACUGAAAACACUGCUACUCCUACUGCUCUUUCAUCAUCUGACCAUGUGUUCUCGCAUACCCCCGAGAGCAUCUGGUCAGCGCGGCGGUGGCACAGGAAUCCUCAUCUCUCCCAAGUGGACAUUCUCUCUUUUCCCCCUGACCCAUCUGUCGAUCUCCUCAUUUGAAUUCCUUGAUAAGUUCCUUUCCUGAGGAUGGCUCACCCCUCACAGUUCUGGGUGACUUUAACCUCCCUACGUCUGCCUUUGACUCAUUUCUCUCUGCCUCCUUCUUUCCACUCCUUUCCUCUUUUAACCUCACCCUCUCACCGUCCCCCCUACUCACAAGGCAGGCAAUACGCUUGACCUCAUCUUUACUAGAUGCUGUUCUUCUACUAAUCUCACUGCAACUCCCUUCCAAGUCUCCGACCACUACUUUGUAUCCUUUUCUCUCUCGCUCUCCUCCAACACUACUCACUCUGCCCCUACUCAGAUGGUAAUGUGCCGUCGCAACCUUCGCUCUCUCUCUCCCGCUACUCUCUCCUCUUCCAUCCAAUCAUCUCUUCCCUCUGCUCAAGCCUUCUCCCUCCAAUCUCCUGAUUCUGCCUCCUCAACCCUACUCUCCUCCCUUUCUGCAUCUUUUGACUCUCUAUGUCCCCUAUCCUCCCGGCCGGCUUGGUCCUCCCCUCCUGCUCCAUGGCUUGACGACUCAUUGCGAGCUCACAGAAGAGGGCUCCGGGCAGCCGAGCGGAAAUGGAGGAAAACUAGACUCCCUGCGGACCUGGCAUCUUUCCACUCCCUCCUCUCUACAUUCUCUUCCUCUGUUUCUGCUGCUAAAGCCACUUUCUACCACUCUAAAUUUCAAGCCUCUGCCUCUAACCCUAGGAAGCUCUUUGCCACCUUCUCCUCCCUGCUGAAUCCUCCUCCCUCUCUGUGGAUGACUUCGUCAACCAUUUUGAAAAGAAGGUCGACGACAUCCGAUCCUUGUUUGUUAAGUCAAAUGACACCGCUGGUCCUGCUCACACUGCCCUAACCUAUGCUUUGACUUCUUUCUCCCCUAUCUCUCCAGAUGAAAUCUUGCGACUUGUGACGGCCGGCUGCCCAACAACCUGCCCGCUUGACCCUAUCCCCUCCUCUCUUCUCCAGACCAUAUCCGGAAACCUUCUCCCUUACCUCACCUCGCUCAUCACCUCAUCCUUGACCGCUGGCUAUGUCCCUUCCGUCUUCAAGAGAGCGAGAGUUGCACCCCUUCUCAAAAAACCUACACUCGAUCCCUCCGAUGUCAACAACUACAGACCAGUAUCCCUUCUUUCUUUUCUCUCCAAAACUCUUGAGCGUGCCGUCUUUAGCCAACUCUCUUGCUAUCUCUCUCAGAAUUACCGUCUUGAUGCAAACCAGUAAGGUUUCAAGACUGGUCAUUCAACUGAGACUGCUCUUCUCUGUGUCACGGAGGUUCUCCGCACUGCUAAAGCUAACUCUCUCUCCUCUGCUCUUGUCCUUCUAGACCUGUCUGCUGCCUUUGAUACUGUGAACCAUCAGAUCCUCCUCUCCACCCUCUCCGAGUUGGGCAUCUCCGGCGCUGCUCACUCUUGGAUUGCGUCAAAUUUAAGUUACAGGUUGUAAUGCAACAAAAUAGGAAAAACGCCAAGGGGGAUGAAUACUUUGCUUGUAAUGAAUGUCUCAGAAGUAGAUGGAUCCAAAAAGUACCACCAAAAAAAGCACUUCUGUCUGAUUUGCGAGCAACCGCAAUCCAUAACAAAAUUUAAAAUAAUAAUAACUAAAACAAAUAAAAAAUCGCCCGUCAUUUAGAACGUAAACAUGGGGAUGAAAUGGAAGUAGCUAAUGCACUUCAGUUUGCAAAGAAGUCAAAAGCGAGGAGACUUCAGCUGAAUCUCCUUCGCAAGAAGGGGAAUCGGGAACACAACAUUCAGGCACUUCAAGAAGGAAAGGGGGUUUUGGUACAAUGUAAGCAAACAAGAGCAAAUCUAUGUGGAGGCACGUGGCAAGGUGCACACUAGCACAACAUGUUCGUAAGGAGAUGCCUGGCAAAACCAGAAUACUGGCACUCUGUGCUAGUGCUCAACCGGUUGCUAAAGGAGUCAGCGAGAAGGUCUGGAAACUUGUGAGUAACAUGGCUCAAGAUAUAAUAAUAUAAUAUGCCAUUUAGCAGACGCUUUUACGUAUGGGUGGUCCCGGGGAUCGAACCCACUACCCUGGCGUUACAAGCACCAUGCUCUACCAAUUGAGCUACAGAGGACCACAUCAUAAGUUAGUUUGGUACUUUUGUGCACUCUGCAGAAGUCAGAUGUUUAUGGCUAAUGUUAACAUUCUGUGGAGGUCACCUGAUCCUAGAUCUGUGAAAAGGUCUACAGCAACAACACCACAUUUUGUGUUUGUGUUAGAGAGCACAUAACAGGCCUGUCUGAAUUUAAUUUAGUCAUUUGAAGUGACAUAUUUUAAUGUUAAGCUUUGAUUUGUAACACUAAAUGUUUUGUCAGUGCAUAGUAGUCUAAAAGACAGUCUGUGGAAUGUUUUCAUAUUAGUGGUACAUUUGAGUGAGAAUUUGAGCUGGCAGUUGGAAUUUUUAUACAUUGUAUGACACGCCCUACACUACAGCCAAUCAAUGAUCAGCCUCCCAUCCUCUUCUCUGCUCCCAUCCCCCUCUCUGCUCCACUCCACCAAGUCAAACAUAUAGGCCAAAUAUAAGUCUUAAUGAAGACACCGCUAUAGACUAUACUUACGUUUUAGUCAUUUAGCAGACGCUCUUAUCCAGAGCGACUUGCAGUUAGUGAGUGCAUACAUUUUCAUACUGAAGUUAGAUAUUUGUGACUAAUGUUAACAUCAUGUUGAGGUCAACUGCUCCUAUAUCUGUGACUUUAUAAGUGCCUAAGGCCAACAUAUAUUGCGGUUCGCUAAAGACUGAAGUAUGAUGGUGGGGUGGCCAAGCCCAUCUUGGGCUGCAGGUAGCUUAGUGGUUAAGAGCGUUGUGCCAGUAACCGAAAGGUCGCUGGUUCUAAUCCCCGAGCCGACUAGGUGAAAAAUCUGUCGAUGUGCCCUUGAGCAAGGCACUUAACCCUAAUUGCUCCUGUAAGUCGCUCUGGAUAAGAGCGUCUGCUAAAUGACCUAUUAUUAUUAUUAUUGUUUAUGAACUAAGCCCAUUCCUAAUAUAUAGAUGCUGCUAUUGGCUCAAUACUCGAGUAUGAUGUCAGGAGUGCAACGUUGUGCCUCCCAGUUAAGUUACAAGUGUCUUAUAUCCAUGGUCCGAUUAGCUCGAGACUCACACGCAUCUCCAAACAGGUCAGGGACAAAGUUAUGGAGAAGUACAGAUCAGGGUUGGGUUAUAAAAAAAUAUCUGAAACUUUGAACAUCCCACGGAGCACCAUUUAAAAUCCUGUUAUAAAAAAAAAUUUGAAAGAAUAUGGCACCACAACAAACCUGCCAAGAGAGGGCCGCCCACCAAAACUCACGGACCAGGCAAGGAGGGCAUUAAUCAGAGAGGCAACAAAGAGACCAAAGAUAACCCUGAAGGAGCUGCAAAGCUCCACAGCGGAGAUUGGAGUAUCUGUCCAUAGGACCACUUUAAGCCGUACACUCCGCAGAGCUGGGCUUUACGGAAGAGUGGCCAGAAAAAAGCCAUUGCUUGAAGAAAAAAAUAGGCUAACACGUUUGGUGUUCGCCAAAGGGCAUGUGGAAGACUCCCCAAACAUAUGGAAGAAGGUACUCUAGUCAGAUGAGACUAAAAUUGAGCUUUUUGGCCAUCAAGGAAAACGCUAUGUCUGGCGCAAACCCAACACCUCUCAUCACCCCGAGAACACCAUCCCCACAGUGAAGCAUGGUGGUGGCAGCAUCAUGCUGUGGGGAUGUUUUUCAUCGGCAGGGACUGGGAAACUGGUCAGAAUUGAAGGAACGAUGGAUGGCGCUAAAUACAGGGAAAUUCUUGAGGGAAACCCGUUUCAGUCUUCCAGAGAUUUGAGACUGGGACGGAGGUUCACCUUCCAACAGGACAAUGACCCUAAGCAUACUACUAAAGCAACACUCGAGUGGUUUAAGGGGAAACAUUGAAAUGUCUUGGAAUGGCCUAGUCAAAGCUCAGACCUCAAUCCAAUUGAGAAUCUGUGGUAUGACUUAAAGAUUGCUGUACACCAGCGGAACCCAUCCAACUUGAAGGAGCUGGAGCAGUUUUGCCUUGAAGAACGGGCAAAAAUUGGGGUGAAUACUUUCGCAAGCCACUGUACUUAGAUUGAACCUCCAGGACAAACCUGGUUUUCAAAUAUGUGCCGGAUCAUGAGGGUUGCACAACCACAUAUAUGACAUUUUGGAAAGAUGUGACCUUUUGUAACCCUGCAAAACAGCCCCUAUGACCCCAAUUGAAGGCACUUCCUGUUAUUACAGGAAGCUGAAAGUAAACAUCCUCCUUGGGACACGCUUUUACAGAAUCCUGAGUUUCAAGUAUUUCCGUUAACUGAUAUAGAAAGGGUUGAAUGCAGUGUUUUUCACUAACUGCAGGGAGUGAAAUCAAAACCACGUUUAGGGUCCAUUUUAACCACUUCCGGUUGCUCCAUCAGGAGUAGGUGUGUCCAAACGUUUGACUGGUACCGUAUGUCUGACACGCCUUCUUUUCUUUCCAGGCCUCUGAUGAAGGAGAAGUUGAAGCAGGGCAUCAGUCUGGUGGUGGACAGAUACGCCUUCUCUGGAGUGGCCUUCACCAGCGCCAAGCCUGUGAGUUCCCUUAAAACAUACACACCGCUUUAAUCGCGCCAAGCCUGUGCGUUCUUCAGCACAGUGGUUACUUUAUGUGGUUACCUGAAGUACCCCCUACUGCAGUGUUGUAGUACUCGAGUCCGAUGUCAAGACCACACAUUGUGUCUCAGUGUGGGAUACAUUUGUACUCGGUCUUGACUUGGUCUCGGACAGUGAGGACUCAUAAUUUCCAAAUAUAUACACUCCUUUCUUGAAACAUUAAUGUCUUAUAGCCUAUUGAAACCUGGGAUUCCUACUUUACUCAUAACAUUACUGUUCUUUACUUUCAUUGAAAAAUAGCCUCAAACUUUGGCAGAAUUUGCUUGACUUGCUGGUAGGGAAUAGUGGGGGGAAAUUGUUGGAAGGUUGCACGCUCACUAUUAGUAAGGGAAGACAGGGGAAAUUGUAGGUCCUCUGUAGCUCAGCUGGUAGAGCACGGCGCUUGUAACGCCAGGGUAGUGGGUUCGAUCCCCGGGACCACCCAUACACAAAAAAAUGUAUGCACGCAUGACUGUAAGUCGCUUUGGAUAAAAGCGUCUGCUAAAUGGCAUAUUAUAUAUAUAUAUAUAUUAUAGACAUGUUUGCUGCAGUGGCAAACCUAUUGAACGUAGGCCUUCAGUGUGUGACUGGCUCGUGAUGUUGAAAGGACCGUAACCAUAAUACCAGUGCAUUCAUGUAGGAGUAAAACAACACAAAGGGCCAGUGUUGUAGUGGAGGGUAUACGCAGGUAUAAACCGUAUACCAGUGUUGUAGUGGAGGGUAUGCGCAGGUAUAAACCGUAUACCAGUGGUGUAGUGGAGGGUAUACGCAGGUAUAAACCGUAUACCAGUGGUGUAGUGGAGGGUAUACGCAGGUAUAAACCGUAUACCAGUGGUGUAGUGGAGGGUAUACGCAGGUAUAAACCGUAUACCAGUGGUGUAGUGGAGGGUAUACGCAGGUAUAAACCGUAUACCAGUGGUGUAGUGGAGGGUAUACGCAGGUAUAAACCGUAUACCAGUGGUGUAGUGGAGGGUAUACGCAGGUAUAAACCGUAUACCAGUGGUGUAGUGGAGGGUAUACGCAGGUAUAAACCGUAUAUCCACUUUGUUUUUCAGUGCUUAUACUCCUUAAUCCCUAUUUGAUGCGUAUCAAGGUAGUGUAGUGGAUGUAUACGACUUAUGAACUAUGUAGUACAAUAGAGAAAUCAUGCACAAAGUAGCCUACACAAUCGCAAAGCAGGUGAAAUGUAUUCACAUUCGCGCCUCACACAGCCAGGUCUCAACUGGAGCAGCUCACAGAAGGAUGACAUCGGUAGCCGGUAAGGUAGGAAAGACGUUUCAACUUAUGAUAUCUACCAGUAAAUGCUAACUAAGGCAACAGUGGGUAUGCAAACUUUGGUCCUUUAGUCUUGGUUAGGAGGCUAUUUGCGAUGUGCAAUUCAGUCAUCUGCUGUUUGCAUGAACAUUUCUAAAGGCUUUCCCCCCAAAAAAAACUUCCCAAUUUAAAUGUUGACUGCAAUGUUAGCUUACCUGACAUAGUGAUAUAAUGCUGAUUUGUAUCAAUGGAGAGGACAUUUUGUUUUGCUCAGUUGAAUUAAAGGGCAACUAGAUCCUCACCCCAAUUUUGGGGGGAUUUUUCCCAGACCUCAAAAAGGGGUCUCCUGAUGUGGUUUAAGCAUUGUUGUUGACUUAGAACACGUUGUUGAAAAACUGAAAAAUCUAUAAGAAAACACAGGAUUUUUCCACACAGGGCCUUUCCUUCACACAGGACCCACUUCUCCAGGCACCACUACACCACUGCAUAGGGCCGAUGGAAUGACAGCAGUCCAUUUCACUCGGACAUAAUAAGCCUGUAGGUCCCAAUCAUAAGAUAACAAAAACAACCGUUAGGCUAAGCAUUUCCCAAUCGAAAUGUACAACUAUUACUUCCCAUUGCAAAAAAAAAAAAAAAAAUAUUCACAUUUAGCACACAAAGUAACCGGUGAUCUAAAGUUUAAAUGCAACAAUAUUUCACACAAGUUAUUUUCAAAGAGAUGGCUAACAACAGCAUGCGAGCUGCAAUAAAUAAAUAAAUAAAAAACACAGUUCCAUUCAACAGAUGAUGAUAAUUUGAAACUAAAGUUCUUGUUGAAAGUUAGUUAUUCUUGAAAAGGGAGAACAUCCUCUACGAUAACACCUGCUGCAGCCACUGCAAAAUAGCCUACAACAAAAGCUAGCUAGCUAGCUAGCUAGACCGUGAGAAAACUACUGCUCCCUAUUGCACAGCGACCUGUUGGCCUUUGAGAAGGCAGAAGUUUCCAUACAAGUCAAUGUAAUUGGUUGAUUCCACUGUCACUCCAAAAUGUUGCCCUAUUAGAGUUGAAUGGCAGAUGCCUUCUAUCAAGCUUCGGAUGGCCUAGCCCAAUGGCUGACUUAGCUAGCUAGAAUUAUUAUCCUGAUUUUAGAUAUUUUUUUGGUCUUCAGUGUUAACCCUUUUCCUUUCUAACAAAACUGAAGAGAUUAAAUCAGAAAAUUGUUGAAAAUAAAUUAGGGAUGCAUGGUAUAUCGGUAAGCAUAUCGGAAUCGGCCGACAUUAGCUGAAAAUGCCGGCAUCGGCUCUAUGUAUCAAUUUGUAAGUCGCUCUGGAUAAGAGCGUCUGCUAAAUGAAGUAAAUGUAUGUAUAGUUUAACGCCGAUGUGCCAAACCGAUGUCAAAGCUACAGUGCAUACCUAGAUGACGUAAUGACGCCACGAAAAAUACAGCGCUACUGGUGCAACAUAGCAUUCCCAACCUAGCCCACAAUGUCUGCUGUGUGGAUCUAUUCUGAAGUUUCAAAGGAGGAUUACAGAAAGGCCAUAUGCAACGUUUUGCGCAGCUAUUAUUUCCCAAGGAGGGGAGAAAGAGAAAUCUUUCAAUACCACAAACCUAAUUACUCAUUUGAAAGUGCAUCACCCCCAGACGUUCAGCGACUACUUUGUUUUUUUUUACUGGUUUUGUUCUAAGCGCACUUCCAACAACUAAACAAGUUCAAGUCAAGCAGUCAUUUUUAAAGAGUAUUGUUAGAAAUUGCGUAAUUCAAAUCUGGUAUUGGAAUAAGAGAAAAGAUAAUCAAGAGAUAUUCAAUCCAAGCUAAAUUUAUUAUAUGCAAAAUGUAUGUAUGAUAAGUAUGAAGGUUCGUAUACGGGCUCACUGAAAAACCACGCAGGGCAGACAGAGAACUAAACCAUUGUUUACAGGUUCUUUCUCAAAUACUCUGACAGAGAGUUCCCACCUCUUCUGUUGGCCAAUCAGAGUAAAGGACUGAGUGGGGUUUAGACUUUACUCAGCCAAUCCGUUGGCGCACGGGUUAGUCCCAACCCCUCGGCGCUCCAUUUGUUGCACCCUGUUGCCAGGCAUAAGUUUAUCAUAACAACCUGUGGCGUUAGCACUUUUUUUGCAGUACCCAUGUCCUUGGAAGGUUCACAGAUCACAAAGAAGCAGUGUUCGUAUCUGUGAGAAAUACAAGUCUUAUCUAUAAGAAAUACAAGUUUUAUCUCAUCCUAGCCCCUAACGUUCCUCACAUGAAUCACAGCCUGUUAUGUGAAACAAUUUAUAUCAGUAUAGUUCAAACCUAUGCUCCUCAUUAAUGCAUUCCUUCUAAGCUAUUCAUCACUUCAAUCCAAUUAUUAGAAAAUAGAACCCAACAGUAUGAAAAUUUCAGCGAGACAACUCGAAGGCGAAAUCCAUUAACGCCAAGAUAAUGGAAUUCAUUGACAAUCAACCGUUCUCUGUCGUGGAUGAUGUUGGCUUUCGCCGACUGGUCGAGCUCCUCGAGCCCCGGUACACACUACCAAGUAGGCCCUGUUUUCCAGGUGUUGCCCUACCGGAGUUGCACAGUAUUGUUGAAACGCACAUCCAUGAGCUACUUGCUAUGGGCGCCACUGCUAUUAGCUUCACGACUGACAUUUGGACCAGCGACGUCAGCCCCAUGAGCAAGCUGAGUCUGACAGCACAGUGGGUCGACGAGGAUUUCGUACUGAGUGAAGCCGUAUUGCAUGCUCAAGAAUGUGCUGGUUCUCAUACCGCUGCUGCCAUUUCAAUGGCAUUUUGAGAACAUGUUUGAAACUUGGAAAAUCCCCAAGAACAAAGUACAGGCUGUGCUACGUGAUAAUGCACGUAACAUGACAAAGGCUUUGGAAGAUUGCGGAGUCGCCAGUUUGCCAUGCAUGGCACACACGCUGCAACUGCCUGUGAACGAAUAUGCUUAACGAAUAUGCUUUUGGCGUAACGGAGCAUAUCUGACACGGUGACAACAGGUAGAAAUAUAGCGGGUCAUUUUAAACACUCACAGCUAGCAUACAGCCGCCUGCAAGCAGUACAGGAGCAGCUUGGAGUGAAAACGAAAAGGCUUAAGCAAGACGUUUCCACCAGAUGGAACAGCCGCAGGGCUCUCCAGAGGGUGGUGCCGUCUGCCGAACGCAUUAUCGGGGGCAAAACUACCCGCCCUCCAAGACACAUACAGCACCCGAUGUCACAGGAAGGCCAAAAAGAUCAUCAAGGACAUUAACCACCCGAGCCACAGCCUGUUCACCCCGCUAUCAUCCAGAAGGCGAGGUCAGUACAGGUGCAUCAAAGCUGGGACCAAGAGAAUGAAAAACAGCUUCUAUUUCAAGGCCAUCAGUUUGUUAAAUAGCCAUCACUAGCACAUUAGAGGCUGCUGCUGCCUAUUGAAAUCACUGGCCACUUUUUAAGAAAUGGAACACUAGUCACUUUAAUAAUGUUUAGUCACUUUAAUAAUGUUUACAUAUCUUGCAUUACUCAUCUCAUAUGUAUAUACUGUAUUCUAUUCUAUAAUAUUCUACUGUAUCUUAGUCCAUGCCGCUCUGUCAUUGUUUGUCCAUGUAUGUAUGUAUGUAUGUAUAUUUCUUAAAUUCCAUUCUUUACUAGUUUUGUGUGUAUUGGGUAUAUAUUGUGAAAUUGUUACAGUGAGGGGGAAAAAAGUAUUUGAUCCCCUGCUGAUUUUGUACGUUUGCCCACUGACAAAGAAAUGAUCAUUCUAUAAUUUUAAUGGUAGAAACUAGCAUACCUGACAGAACCUACAAUUCCCAGGAAUGAAGAUGCACUUGGAUACUGGAGAAGUAACAAGCAGCGUUUCCCCGUCGUCGCUUAAGCUGCGCGCCAGUAUCUUGGUGCUCCCUGUAGUAGUGUGGACAGUGAGCGCCUUUUUCAGUGCAGCUUCACACAUUGUAGCCGAAAAAAGAAACAGACUCUCUUGUGACAAAGCCGAGCAGGUCCUCUUUGUUGAAGGAAAAACCUCCCCCAAAUGUUAAAAUUGUAAAUGGGCAAGUCAUAUUGUAACCCAGUCAUCUAGAGAGAGAAAAAUGUCUAAGCCCAAUGGCUUUUCUGUUUAUUCAUGGCUGGUAUAGGUCAAGAUUUUCAUUUAAUUUAAAACAAAGCUUUUUUUAUUUUAAAUAUUUACUAAAUGAAAGAUGAGAUGUGUUGUAAAUUUGCUCGCAUUUUACUAGUCAAGUCAGUUGAGCACAUUUUGAAAAGUUGUGCCAUUUUAUAGCAGUUUAUGACAUAGCCUAGAGACAGUAUAUAUUUUGUUUUCAAGCAGUUAAAGCUAAAAUUAGUCACUGCAUUUUUUUAGUUUAAACCAAUAUUUAUUUCAAAGCAUUUUUUUAAAGUUUCUCCAUACAGUCAAUAUUGGAUAGUAAGAAGAGCCACCAACAACUGAACCAUGUUUGUAACGCGGGGGGGCAGCUAAAAUAUUUGUCAUGAAUAUCAGUUGUGCGAUUAAAAUAUGUUCAUGGAUUUGUAAUUUUUCUCAUUUACAAGUUAUUAAACAAUCUGUUCCUAACUGAACAAAUUAACAUAUGACACUUUGUUUCAAAUAUUUAACUGUACUAAAAUGCUUAAAAGGCCACAAACAUUUUUAAAUAUCAGGUUUUUUGGCAAGGAAAAUACCGGGUAUCGGCCAAAAAUGUAAUAUCGGUGGCAUCCCAAAAAAUAAUAUUUUUAUUAUUUUAUAAAUCCUUAGCCUUUCUCUGAAAGCGUAGAAGGGCCUCAUCGUUCCCCACUGUGUUUAGGUUAGUAAUACGUUGUAGAGUGGCUCUACUUGCCCUCACCAUGCUUCUUUCUUUCUUUCUUCACCGUUAUGAAUGUCUAAAGAAUCCAUAUGAUGUUCUGAAAUAUGAACUAAGAAAUACUGGACUUUUUAACUCCUAUUAUGGUGACGAUUUGAUUUUUUUUUUUUGUCAUGGUCUUGAAUUGGACUCCGAUUUUUCUGGUCUCAGUCUUGACUCUGUCUCGGACCUCUCGUCCACCCCUCCUGGUCUCGGUCUCGACCCCUUCCCUCUGGUUUUGACUCUGUCUCGUUUCGGUCCGGUAUUGACUUGGGUCUCGCUUUAGGUGGUCUCAAACGCAACACUGCCUUGUCUGCUGUGUAGGGUUUCGAUCUGGACUGGUGUAUGAAUCCUGACGUGGGGCUGCCCAAGCCAGACCUGGUGAUGUUCCUCCAGCUCAACCCCUCCGAGGCGGCCCAGCGGGGCCAGUUUGGGACAGAGCGAUAUGAGACCAGCGUCUUCCAGAAGGCCGUACAGCAGACAGUUUGAACUUCUGAUGAAGGACCCCUCUGUCAAGUGGCAGGUAAGAAGUAGUGUCCUGAUUUUCCCCACACUUCUCCCAAAGUUUGCAGUUGCACCCUCCCCGUCAUUUGAUUUAACAAUGGUGGAAACCCCCUCCAGCCAAUGACCACACCUAUCCAAUACUUUUUAAAUCCAUUAAUGGGAGUGGACAAGUGCACACCUUGGUAGAAGUGGGAGGAUCUGGAGCUUUGGUGGGAGGAUAUGGAGCUUUGGUGGGAGGAUAUGGAGCUUUGGUGGGAGGAUAUGGAGCUUUGGUGGGAGGAUAUGGAGCUUUGGAGGGAGGAUAUGGAGCUUUGGUGGGAGGAUAUGGAGCUUUGGUGGGAGGAUCUGGAGCUUUGGUGGGAGGAUCUGGAGCUUUGGUGGGAGGAUCUGGAGCUUUGGUGGGAGGAUCUGGAGCUUUGGUGGGAGGAUAUGGAGCUUUGGUGGGAGGAUCUGGAGCUUUGGUGGGAGGAUCUGGAGCUUUGGUGGGAGGAUCUGGAGCUUUGGUGGGAGGAUCUGGAGCUUUGGAGGGAGGAUCUGGAGCUUUGGUGGGAGGAUCUGGAGCUUUGGUGGGAGGAUCUGGAGCUUUGGAGGGAGGAUCUGGAGCUUUGGAGGGAGGAUCUGGAGCUUUGGUGGGAGGAUCUGGAGCUUUGGUGGGAGGAUAUGGAGCUUUGGUGGGAGGAUAUGGAGCUUUGGAGGGAGGAUAUGGAGCUUUGGAGGGAGGAUAUGGAGCUUUGGUGGGAGGAUCUGGAGCUUUGGAGGGAGGAUCUGGAGCUUUGGCCAUUGGUUUGUCCCACCAUUCAUAAUAUGGCACAAACAUAAGAGGUUACAUUAAGCUCUUCAAUGGUAAAUCCAUAAAGAUUAUAUUCUUGUCAUCUCCUAGGUGAUUGAUGCAGCCAGGAACAUUGAAGAUGUGCACACCGACAUUAAGAACCACAGUGUAAACGCCAUCAAUGCAGCAGAGAAUGAGCCAAUUGGGGAGCUGUGGAAGUGAGCCUUGACCAGGAGACCCAAUUUAUCCUCUGGAGAUCACACUGGCCCUGAUUCCACCGGACAGUGCCUAGUACACGAGGAGAAGUCAGAGAGGGUAAAAAAAACUUGAAUAUGAAACUGCACUACAGACUGUAUGAUAUUUAAGUGGGUGUAGUCAACUCUUUCAAAUUUAUUAUUUCACUAAAGACCACAGCCAAAAACGAGUAAAUAAAAUAAAUGUCCAAGCUGUAA